AUGUCUGAGAAGAAUCGAUCUAAUUAUUCUUUUUCGGAGAUUCAUGAUGAAAUGAUAAAUGAUGAAAUACGUACUCUUACUUAUAAUAAAGCAAUAUUAGAUAAUAAAAACGAGUUUAAAGAUAAAAUUGUCGUUGACGUUGGUGCAGGUACUGGAAUCUUAUCUCUUUUCGCUGCUCAGGCUGGAGCAAAGAAAGUUUACGCUAUAGAAUGCACAGAAAUAGCAAAUAUUGCCGAAAAAAUUAUCAAAGAUAACAAUUUCGAAAACAUUAUUACAAUAGUAAGAGGAAGAGCAAAUGAAAUUACACUCCCGGAAAAAGUAGACAUAAUAAUAUCUGAAUGGAUGGGAUAUUCACUCUACUAUGAGGUAAUGUUACCGGCUGUUCUAAAUAUCAGAGAUAGAUAUCUCAAACCAGACGGAAAAAUAUUACCAUCACAUGCUAAUCUUUACUUGAAUAUAGUAGAGAAUCCUGAAUUCAGAUAUACGAAAUUAAAUUCUUGGGAAUCGAUUUAUGACUUAAACUUUACUUCAUUCAAAGAUUUUAUAAUAAGUCGACCAUAUAUUGACUACGUUGAUAAAUCAAUGGUUGCUUCCCAAGAUUCAUUGAUAUCAUCUAUUAAUAUUCGCGAUUGUACAGAAAAAGACAUCUUUUUUGAAAGUUCGUUCAAAUUUGUAUUGAGCAGAAAUGUUUUAAUGGAUGGCUUUACUACUUGGUUUGAUGCCCUGUUUUUGGAUUGUAAAAAUCAGAUCAAGCUAAGCACCUCACCAUACACAAAAGAAACGCACUGGAAGAGUACAAUAUUUUACCUGAAUGACCCAAUUGAACUCCAAACUGGUGAUAUAAUUGAAGGAUUAAUUAAAUUUAGACCACAUGAGAAAGAAGAGUCGGCACUUAAUGUAGAUAUAACUUUUAUGGUGAAUAAUAAGACUUAUUAUUCACAAUCUUUUGAAUUUCUAUAA